AUGUCCAUGAUUCUUGGUGAACUUAUGGUACUGGUGCUGCUUCUUCUAGGGUUUGCCAACAAGUUUCAGCCACAGACACCCAAGCAAGAAAACGAAAAAAUAGGAGAAGAAACAUUAGGCGGGGACGAUGAUCUGCCAGAAUAUCCGAUGCCCUUAGUCUCUACCUGCAGCGCCGCCAUUAGUGCAGCGUGCCACAGGCAUCCGGAGGACAAAGACGCACAUCUGCUCCCAGUAAAAUGGGGCUACGUUACCGAUAGGUCGGGAGACGGGUCUACGGAAGAAAAAGGGAGGUUCUGUUUUACUAGCGCGAGAGAUGUCAAAUAUCCUACAACUGUGGAGGGUAUUGUUUUUAAAGAGUAA